GGAAUUUGUAGAUGCUUUAUGGUGGCACAAGGAGUGGGGGGAAUCACAGUUUCCUUCUCAUCAGUAAAUGAGCUUGAGCAUUGGGGCAAAACCGGCUGUAACCUUUAACCUGAAACGACAAUGAAGCACUCGAUCCACUGGAGAGAGCGCGAGGGACUAGGACGCAGCAUAACGUCUGUUAAAGCCGUGACCCGAACAAGUGCGCUCGCCACAGCUCAACUUACCCAAAUAUAUUGCGAAGAGACGCAAUGAUCAACACCCAAGCAAGCGCUGCACUUCUGGAUUCUGCUUGUGUGCUCCGCUGGGUCAGGCAGCAGGCUCCAGGGCCUCAGUGGUGCUCCGAUGCCCCUCACCUACAGAUGAGGAACACAGCUGGACAAGACAUGAGCAGGGAUCUAACUCAAGAUGUGCUCCUUUACAAGGGUGGGAAGUUAACUGUGAAACAGGUGACCCUACUGGACAGCGAAUCAUCCAUUCUGUUAUUUCAGUAUCAGCUAAGUGAGCAGUUGUCAUGGAGCAUGCAGACUGUGCUCUCUGGCCAUAGCCUCUUUGUUGGUUUACCAAAUGGAGAACUUCUCAAAGGCACCAAAGAAGGGCUCACCGCUGUUUUGGAGUUUGCAGAGGAGAAAUUGAAGAUCAGUCAUGUAUUUGUGUGGUUCAUGAAGAACAGGCCAGAUAAAUUGCCCCUUACCAGAACAUUCUGCUACCUUGGCUUUGAGCUUGUAAAACCAGAUCAUCUAAUAGCAUCUAUUGCAGGAGAUUUACGUCUUAUGGUCUACGAUAUUCAACAAACUCACUCAUCUGAAGAAUGACUACAAGGCCUUCAAAAUACACAGAAUUCUAUGGACUGUUAAGUGGACUAAAUGCAAAAAACAAAACAAUAAACAGAGUUAUUGUCAAAAAACUAACACUGCAGAGGGGCAAUUAGGUUACAGCAACUCUGAAAAACUGGGUAAUGUUAACCUAACUGAUUCAAAGUAUGGGUCAAUUUGUUUGCCUCAAGAAACACACCAUUUCACUUUUAAAUUAUGUGUUCAACGUAUGAAAACAGCAAUAACUAGGAUGUUGUAUGUCAAAGUAACUCAAAAUAACUCAAAUAACAUGGCUGUAUUUGCAUUGAACAGUGGUUCUUAUGUUCUCUGUUAUGUUCUCUGACAAUAAAUAUAUGUAAUCUGAAUUAUAACAA